GAGAGAAGAGACAGCAGGCAGAGCACAGGGAUGUGAUUUUGAAUUGUGUUUCUUUUUUAAAUAUCUGCAGCUUCCGUGUGUUUUCUCUCAGUCACAUUUCUAAUGGGAGAUUCCUGUUGCUGCUCCUGCUUUACUGAGUCCUGGAUCAAAUCUCUGGGGGAAGUACAAGGGUCAGGAGGGAAAGAGGAGUGAAAGAGAGAGAGAGAGAGAGAGAGAGAGAGAGAGAGAGAGAGAGAGAGAGAGAGAGAGACAGACAGACAGAGAGAGACUCAGAGAGAGUUUUGCUGCUGAAGUAAAAGCAGAGUUAUUAGGAAGCAGAAAAUGGGACCGGCUGCCACCUCACUCGCUCUCUUGUGUUUAUGUUCUCUGAGUGUGUGUGUUCCUACAGGGACGGCCGAUGCUACACCAAACCAGGCAUCCCUGCCAGAGGUGAAGAAGGCGAGAGGGGACGUUCCUGAUAUUCUUCCAGAGCCUGAACCAGAGCCAACCAGCCCAGUGUCAGACUUUGAAAACUCAUACAACUAUGUCUUGUCCAGACUAGCCAGUAUGGACCAGGCGAUCCACAAGCUGAAUGUUGGUCACUACACCCUGGAUGUUAAAGUCAGCCAGUUAAUGGACCGUCUGACCAGGGUGGACGCUAAAGUCGGGGAGCUGGAGGACAGCAUCCAGGAGGUCUACCAGCACAGCAAGCACAACCGCAAGGAGAUGGGAAGACUGGAAGGUUGCCAGAAGGGCCACAGGAUCGGAUACAAAUGUUAUCUUGUGUACAACAGCUAUGAGGACUACGCCGGAGCGUCCAGAAAGUGCCUGGAACGCGGCGGCCGCAUUGCAAUGCCGCGCGACCGUAAGGAGCAAGAGGCCCUCGCGGACUACGUCAAGUCAUUCUUCCACCCGGGGAACUGGCCCGUAUGGCUGGGCAUCAACGACCUGCGAUCUGAGGGCAUGUACCUCUUCGACGACGGGACGCGGGUCUCGUACUUCCAGUGGCGCAAACACUUCCUGUCCAGCCAGCCGGACGGAGGGAGGCGGGAGAACUGUGUGGCGAUGUCGUCAGACGAUGGCGACUGGUGGGACCACUACUGCGAUCGGACCAUGAACUAUCUGUGCGAGUUUGAUGACAGGGUGGCACUUUAAAACAAACUCCUUAUCCCACCUUACUACUACCUUAAACUUUGACCUCCAGUUAUUGAUCAUUAGAAAUUAGGGAUGCACCGAAUCCAGAUUUUUGGGGUUCAGCCGAAUACCAAAUCCACUAGUUAAGACUCUGCCGAAUCCGAAACCGAAUCCUAUACUCCCAUCCUCAGUCCAUUAACACAGUAAACACAUUAAUGAAAUAAACACAUCCACAGCAGUGAAUUUUUCAUUUUAUUUUAACUGUAAAAAAAUAUGUUUUGGCUGCUGUCUGUAGAUUCCUUCAUGCACAACUCGU